GCCGUUUUUUCACACAGUCAAAACCCUUCUGUCUGAAGGAGCACUAGUGUUGGGUGUUAAAAGGUUACAAAGCUGGGAAAAAAUGAAAUUUGGGAGGUCUGCAGUUACUCAUUUCACUAUCCUAAUACUGGGCGUACUUCAAGCUUCCUUUCCAUGUGAUGCGGGUAAUGUAAAGAUCGGCGUCCCAGAGAACUAUGAUGGCAUUUUCCCGUGGUACCUUGCCAAGCUCCAUGACUUGCCCACGACCUACACGGACCUGGUGUUGACGGGGGAUGAUGAGGGCACGUUUGGGGUGGAAGGGGGCAUGCUUUAUGCCCUCAAACCACUGGACAGAGAGAAGCAGCCAUCUUAUUCCCUACAGGUGUCCUUCACCACAGCAGUGCGCACGCAGAGCUUUACGGUGGAGGUGUGUGUCAUUGACAAGAACGACAACGUGCCUCAGUUUAUCGAAGAGAGCAUGCGGGGGAGUGUGCAGCUGGGUCUUCUGAAAGGCAUUCCCUUCAUGCAGGUGGAGGCCUCUGACCGUGACGAGCGCAACACUGCCCACGCUGAGCUGCGCUUCAGUCUGAUGGACCAGACGCCCCGCAUCCCCACCAGCCAGAUGUUCCACAUCGACGCCGAUAGCGGAGAAGUGUCCCUUACUGAGGACGGCGCCUCCACCUUGGACCCUGAGAUGUGUGGGCGUUACAAACUCUCAGUGAUGGUCAGGGACAUGGCAGGGAAAGCCAACGCCUUCUUUUCCACUGGGAUUGUCAUUGUGGAAGUUACUGGAAACACCUGGGCCUCACCGGAUCCUGUGAGACUACAAGAGAAUCUCCCAGGCCCCUACCCCAUACCCAUCUCACAGGUGAAGUGGAGUGGGAGCCUGGUGGAGUAUAGUCUGGAGGGGGAGUUCCCAGAGAUGCUCUUCACCAUCAGCAGAGAUGGAGUCAUCUACCUCAACGCCCCCCUUGACCGAGAGACCCAGGACCAGUUCCAGAUCAGUAUUGUAGUGGAGCGGCCUGACGGGAGGGAGAUGGCCAAACCUGUGGAGCUGCGGGUGAUGGUGGGUGACGCCAACGACAACCGGCCCACCUUCCCUCAGACUCAGUACCACGCCGUCGUCAAGGAGCUGGCAGUGAAAGGUACCGAAAUCCUCACCGUCCAGGCAGCAGACAACGACGACCCCAAGACUGAUAACGUCCGGAUCUUCUAUCGGUUGGUGGGACAGGUUCCAGAGGGCCCGUGGGCGCUGUUCAGAGUGGACAGAGACUCCGGGGUCAUAACCCUGCAGGCCGACAGCAUGGAGGGCACCUCCCCACAGUACACCCUCACCAUCACCGCAGAGGAUGCUAAGGGAUUGAACAGCUCGUGCACAGUUGUGAUCACUGUGCAGGAUGAAAACAACAACCCACCAGUCUUCUCCCAGCAUGAGGUAAUGUUUCUGUCCCAAAGCAGACGUAGUGACCGAUACAGCCAGACAGAGAUAACCAACACACCUCCAACCCCCCCCCCCCCCCUUCCACACACAACUAAUCCACACCUCCAACCUCCUCUUGUGUGUGUGUCUCCUACAGGGAACUCCUCCUUGUCUGCGUCCACCCUGGUGACAGUGCACAUUCUGGACGUGAACGACAACAGCCCGGUGCUGGUGGGUGACUACUCGUGGAAGUACCUGUGCACGCCACGGUGGGACGAGCAGGCGCUGGUGCUGGCCUCGCGCGACAGCGACGGACCUCAACACGGCGGCCGGCUCAACUUCUCGCUGCGCUCCGACGCCGCCGUGCGCCGCAACUGGAAGCUCACGCCCAUCAACGAUACACAUACUAACCUGUCCCUGAACACACCAUAUCUGCCUCCUGAAGUGUACACUGUGCCUUUCACCAUCUCGGACAGCAGUUCCCCACCACGCAGCACCUUCAUCAACUUGCCAGUGACGGUGUGCACAUGUAAUGUGCGGGGAAACUGUCGCAUGGCUGCCAAGCAGCUGCAAGGCAUGCCCACCCUCCAGUCCACUGUGGGGAUCCUGGGUGGCACGUUUGGAGUCAUCGGGAUCAUACUAAUCGUGGUUUUCAUGAGACUGUCCUACCAGAACCCAAAGCCGCCUAGCAAGGCCAACCAGGAGAGAGUUCCACUAAAGAUCUCACUCUGACACACACACCCGCACACACACACACAGACAGACACUCACACACACACACAUGCUGUUACACAAAACACACACCAUCAAAUACCUUCUCUGGGUAAGCUUAUGAGCAUAAAGUUGUCUGAAAGAUUUCACUCCAGUCUCAGCUCAUCACACACACACACACACACAAACACACACUGAACACCAUGUGAGAUGUCUUUUUACUCUGUUGUUUCUAUUUACGGCUCCUUUUCGGUUUGUUUCUAGUAUACGUGUAUGGGUGUAUGGGAUUUAAUAUGGUUAUAGUGCUUCGAGUGUAUAUUAUUAUCAUCACACACACACACACACACACAUAUGGGUGUGGAUUUAAUAUGGUUAUAGUGCUUAGAGUGUAUAUUACGAGAAUGUAGCAUACACCUUUUGUUAAGCUUUAGCCCUUUGUGUAGCCCAGACUUUUUUUCUAAUCUAAUUCUAAUUUAUUUCUUGUAUUCUGUUGUACCCGUAAACUGCUGAAGCUAUAUUGUAACAGAAUCAAUAUCAUAUUUUAAUUGUAAUAUUGUUAAUAAUACAGUAUAACAACUGAUGAUUCAUUUUGUUGUUUGGCUGCCACAUCACAAGUCUAAUUAUAUUUCCUCUGCAAUAAAUCUGAAGUGAAUCUCCA